UGCUGUGAUGAAUGUGAGAAAUCAGUGGUUUAUCAGAAGACGAAGAUGAAGCGUCUACUGAGCAGUCUACUUCUCGCCUCGUUCUGUGGCUUGUCAUCUUGGAGCGUUUCUUCUACGGGCCCGUUUGUCACCCAGACGCCUGAUCUCUCUGUCACAGAGGGGGUGACGGUACGACUCAGCUGCUGCUGGACUGUGGAGUUUGAAAAACUGAGAGUCAACUGGAUAAAAAAUCAUAACGUGUAUAAAAGUCAAUCCAUUUACAAGACUAAUUGCACAAGAUCUCAACAUAAGGAGGAAUGCAGAUGUUCAUCUUUGACGUUUCCAAAUAUUACAAGAGAGGAUUCAGAGAGAUAUGUCUGCAGGGUGACUGUGGAGAUUCCAGCAUAUGCUUCCUAUAAUGGAAGCGGCACUCUCAUCAAUGUUACGGCCAAAAGCAACAAGACAGACAAGGAUGGACAGGAACUGCUAGGUGAUUCUGGUUCCAUACCAUCAUCCAUCAUAAUCCCCCUGGCCGUCCUAAGUCCACUGUUGGUCAUCACCCUUAUCUGCUUCUGCACUCUGCAUGCGAAAAAAGCCAAAGCAGCCAGAGUGAUUUAUGAGGUUCCCCAUGUUGAUUCAGAAGAAGUAGAGAUGGACAAACACAGCACCAGUUCCUCCAGAGGCUCUUCCCAGUGGUGUCAAGUACUGGUGUACGAGUCCGUCGAUUACUUUCAGCAUACUGAGGUCAAAGAUAGUGGAUGAUCACGUCCCGGUGUUUUCUGUUCUUAUGUUUGAUGCUGGUGUGUAAUUGUACUGUUUCCUUACGUUGAUCUGCAUGUAAAUAUGUGUUUGUAUGUACCUUUCAUUGCUAUAAACUAAAAUUUAUCUGUCAUUGUCAUCUACGUUUUUUUCUGUGACAAAGAGAUACGGUCCGGUCCAUAAGUAUUUCAGACAGUGACGCUUCCUUUUGUUGUAACUUUGCCUCUAUACAUUAACACAAUGGAGGUGAAAUCAAACAAUUCAAGGGGUUUAUCAAAAAUAUCACAUUAACCGUUCAAAAACUACAGCCAUUUAUAUGUAUUGUGCCUCUAUUGUAGAGGCCAUAAGUAAUUAGACAGAAAAAGAAUCAUUUUUAUAGAAAUUAACACUAAUUAAGGCAGGGGAUGGAUACAUGUACAUUUGCCAUGUUACUGAUUAUGUUCUGGACAUUUUUACACCAAUCAUUAAGAAAUACAAACAGCAUGGCACGGUAUGGUAAAACCAAAGAUAAGUGAGGAAAGCCACCAAGAUGCCCAGACAAGUCUGAAGCAGUUAUCGACUUCUAUGGCUGCGAUUGAAGAAACUGUGCAUCAUGCAACUUGUGAAUGUUGUACCACAGGUCACAGCUUCAUGCUGGUAACAAAGAAUGAUUUUCAUUCAAGAAAACAGAUUAGGGUCCUGUUUCCUGUGUGCCUUCUGACAAAGUGUUGUUGAAGUUUCAUAU